AUGAUGAACGGAAGGCUGUGGGGCCCAAGCGGAGGAGCUCCUUCUAAUUGGGAAUUCUACGACGCCAUACACAAAAUAAUUGGCAGCUAUAAAUCAAAUUUCACACACGAACUGGCCGACGAAAGCAUUGAAAAUGUUACGGAUCCAUUAGACGCAUCGAUGGCGGCAUCUUCAUUGUCAAAUGAAAGUGGACCUGAAGAAGCACCAUCAACUUCGUCGGCUGCAAUAAAGAGAAAGAGGAAUAGUGAUGAAGAUUAUCUCAAACUGGCUAAAAAAGAGCAAAAGAUGAUGGAAGCUUAUUUCAAUAAAUCUUUGGAAAAUGAGGAAAAGGCCCUCAAAUUGAUGGAGCAAACCAACGCCGUUCUUAUGGCUAUGCUAAAUAAACAUAUGUAAAUAAAAAAAUAUCAAUUCUUUCUAAAAAUUACAAAUAAUAUUUAAAGUGGAUAAAAUGUGUCAUAAUUGCCUGUCGAAUUUCAAUUCCGCAAAUGAUUUCUUGUCUGUCUAUGUGUGCUCUAUGAGGUUACCUUCCGCUAUUUCCAGCGUU